AUGUACGGCCAGGACGCAAAGUCUGCACAAUAUGCGCUCAGACUUGCAGAAUCGCAGCCGAUGAUGGUGGAACUCGCUGGCACGGCCUUUCACAAUCGUUCUAGCACCGAUCCAGCCCUGAUGCGUGAGCUCGCCACAGCCAAACAAGCGUUCGAAGAGCAAGAAGAGACAAUCCGACACCUCGACCAAGAAGCAAGCGAUCACGAAACCAUAAUCUGGCAGCAGCAGCAACAAAUUUCUCGCCUCACGAAAGUCCCGUAUACAGCGGCACAAGACUAUGCUGAGGUCCUGGGGCAUGCCAAUGGAAAGCUGCACGGCGAGCUGGCAGCACUGAAAGAUCGAAAUAGCAUGCUCGAGACCGAGCUGUCCAUGGCAAGAAUGCUCUCUCAACUUCGCACCAUGGAUCUCUCUACCCUUCUGAACAAUGAAGCGGCCACGCUUGCGCAGUAUCUUCGCAACACUGCCUCCCAACACGGCGCCGAUGAAGUCACCAGGCUAAUCUUGACCGGAAUUGAAGAGGAAUCCAUCCCUCCCAGAGUCUUCACGCUCUGGCUCACUGCCGGCGGAGACUGUCAGGCCGUCAGGGCGGGACUGCGGCAGCAAGUCUCCAAAUCCGUAACGCAUGGCGCUAUUGCCAGGCUUGGAAAGCUCUUUCGCAGCCAACGUGUGGAAGAGGUAUGGAACGUGCUGGGUGGCACUUCUGGCGUCGUUGACUACCUCGCAUCAACGUCCGUUGCGAACGUCAAACACUUUUGCCGCGAGAUUGGAAGGACGGCGACUUCGAAGGCCGCUCGCGAGACAAGGCAGUCAUUGGUUGAUGAGCUGUACAAAGAAUUAAAGAACCGACAAUUCCCAAAUGCUGUCCUCAAGACUCUGGAAAGGCCAUUGGCCGCACAUCAUCGGAGUUUACUGCCAGCAUGCUCGGAAGAAACAGUUCUCUCAACCUUGAGCGCUUCGUCGAAACCCGUCAGUGAUGGCCUUGGCAAGCUUCCUGGAACGCAUAUCAGUUCCAUCCGUCGUAGGACACUUUCUGCUCUAAGAAAUGAGGGAAUCGAGAUUGACAAGACGGCACUGCAGGCCCUCUUGAUGAUAAAGUCGGACGAAUCCCUCUUGUACCGAGGCGAGAGAUUGUCUGAAAAUACUGUCUUCUCCUUGGAAGUUUUGCGCGUCCUUUCCGACCGCACAUUCACCAAAGUCAGUGAGGCCGAGAGCAUUCUCUCGUUCUUGGCUAGGCCGCUCUUCCAAAGACUUUGGCGUUGUCGAUGCAAGCCGGGCAUUCUUAUCGCAGCCGCCGAAUGCUACGUGAAAUACUUUACAACGCAUCUCAAGCCUUCAGCGCGGCACUUGGAACUCGAUAACAAUAGCGUCGCGACAACAAUCAUACGUCGAUGGUCUCGCCAUCCUGAAACAUUUGAGGACCACCUCGUAGAGCUUCUUGGCUUGGCAUCGCCUCAACAGAAGAUCAACCCUCGGCAAAUUCAAGCACUUGUUGCUCUUGUACAUUCGUCGAUGAAAUACAGGCUGUUCCGAAUUGUCAUGUCCGUCGCAGCUUGCUUCAAGGUCGACAUUGAAUCUGAAGACGAUCUAAAGAGCCUUGAUUUUGCAUGGUCAUCUGAUUUGCUUCUUGCUCUACCAGGGCUCGAGACCCGACAUCUGUUGCAACGCCUCAUCAAGGUAAAAGCCGGGGACGUGUUCCAAGCUGGCUUUGCGAAUUACGACAAGCGAUUUAGCCAUGAUUCAACGUUGGUUCUGCUCUGGCUGUCGAAGGAUCAACCAGAUCUGCUCUCCUCUGCCUCCGAGGUCGUAGAGGAAAGCAAGAAAGAGGCCAGCAAAGCUCGACAGCAGGAAGAGCGAGCUCGAUGGGCAUCCUAUGCUCUGCAUUGUGCAACGGCCUCAUGCUCUCUUGACUUAUAUCGCGAGACGCUACUUUGGGCUAAGACCUACACCAGAAACCCAAUCACUGUCACUGAUAUUUACUCCGAAAGCUCAAUUCAUCGAGAACGCAGCCUCAACCUGCUUUGCGGCUUCGCAGAGAAGGCCGAAGCUGCUGCAAAUACGCCACAGGAAGUAUCCGAGUCCGUGCGUAAAGCGAAUCGAAUCUGUGAAGAGCUACUUCAAACAGCUUGUGAGGCUCUGACUGAACCAAGCUUCCAACCGUACCACUGGACUGCUGUAACACAAGUCAUGGAUCUGGUGGUCCAAAGGAGACUGGAGCGAGUCAAUGACCUACAGGAUUCGCUGGUUCUCUCUGAUGAGCAGGUUUUCGAAAUUAUCUGGCAAGACACAGUCGCAGUCUGCCUUAGGAUGGAACGCCUAGGUUUAGAUGAGAAGCACGCCAACCUGGGCUUUAACACGGCGGGAGGUCCAAUAUUGAGCAUUCCCGAAUUCAGUUCCCAUACGCGGCACGUGCUAGUGAAACCACGACCGGCUACCCUACGCUUUAUAGAUAUCAUUGCCAGACAGCGCGACCAACUCUGGGCCGACUAUCGGCCGACUCAAUAUCCUGCUGCAUCAGCCUUGCCGGCUUUGUAUCCGAAAGGUCUGUCGAUUGGCUAUCUGAUUCCUGCUGAGAUUGGCAAAGAUGGGCUGGGCUACUCGGAUACUGCUGUCCCGUACCUGCGAGCUCGGGCAGAGCAAAUUGUCUUCGUCAGGCCCGAAGAUGUCCUUUCUGUACAGCUGGACUCGGACGAGACGGAACAAGCCAUCGGGCCCUUCCAAGAAGAUUGGAAGAAGGCUCUUCAGGUGUUCGUUGCCAGCAGCUCCGACCACUCAUCGGCAGCAAUGGCUGCUUGGAAGUACGCAGUGGGACCGCUUUCAGCUCCAAGAUUAAAUCCUGUUGAAGCUUUCCUGUUCUGGUCUCCGAUCUUCCGGACCUCCCUCUUAGCUCUAGAAUUGUAUGGGCCUUGGAAAGAGCGGCUGAGUCAACCACCUAUAUCAGCCUUGUUCACAAUUGAGCCUGACGCGCUGCAGACUGAGUGGAAUCCCGAUCCUAAAUAUCUAGAACAUGAAGUUAAGUCGCGCAAGCUGGAGCGUACAAGGUUGGACGACAUGCUUCAGAAGACCUCGCACUACAUUGAUGACAUUAAGUGUGGUCCAUGUCAUUAUGAUGCAUACAUCCCGGCCUACAAGCCGACUUUGAUCUGGAACCGCUUCGAGGGCAAAGCCAUGCCAGUGACGAUGAAGGAGACGUUAAUUGUCGCGGUGAUGCUCUAUAUUGCUGGUCAACACAAGCCGUCUGCGAGCCUACUACCUAGACCAUAUCCUUCCGACUCCGCUCCAAGAUUUCCAGCCGUUUACCUUGAUGGAGAGUUCUUGGACCUCAAUGAGCUCCAUACCAAAUCAAUCUGGCGCAUUCUUGAGCGAUUGUCAAGUGACGUGCCCUACAAACUCCUACUGGAGUUGAUCAGAGGCAUCAUCGCUGCAGCCGAUCUCCAAGAAGAGCGUACUCCCGUGGAUGCAUUCAAACUGAUGAUGGUUCUUGUGAAAGGCGACAGACCUCAGAUAGGUCUGGAGCUGAUCAAAGAAAUCGUCCUGGAGCGCCCGAUGGACAGUUCUUGGCAACGAUCUCUCGUAACAAACGGAUUGCUCAAUGCGCUGCCUAGAGACGUCGCCGAAGCAUUCUUGUGCGAUCUUGCUGAAGGAAUGCAGCAGAAGAUGAGGGACCAAUCCACUCGUAAACAAGAAGCAAGCUCUUCACAAACCCCGCUGAUCAAGGUGACCACCAUCAAGAUGCUUUCCCAGCUUUUCUCUGGAGCCGAAUUCAUCGACGAGGAGUCAGCAGUGCGCAUUCUCAUCUCCCUACUGCGCCGAGCGAGUCAUCUCGAUGUCCGUGUCUCAGUAAUAGACAGCCUGAGUGACAUUCUUGCAUCAGCUCAGAGCUCUAAAUUAAGGGCUGAAGUCAUUGACGCUCUCGAAGAACACGUCGUUCCCGCGAUGUCCAGCAUCAACGAGCGAAAGCCGAUGAACGCCUACGAUUGGAAACGUGCGGAGACUGAUCUUUCCGAGCUAUCAGAUGUCUACAUGGAGAACGAUGCUACGGCGAUGCCACCAAUGCUUGCUACAGUGUUCUCUGCGCUGAAAAUCGUUGACCUCCGAGAUGAGAUAUUUUCGCGCCUGGUGAUUCCCACACUACAUGGUUCCAUCCAAAUUCUUGCACUUAGGGAGGUCGAAGUCUGGUUGCAGGCCUGGAACCAAAUCUACAGUCCCGCACCCAGAAUGCUUGAGGUCACAAAGCGCGUACAAGAAGAUAGCAAACUUCGCGAGUCAAAUGCAGGAAAGCAUUGGCUUUCGAUGUUCGGACCAAACGCAUCCCGAUUGAUCUACUCGAAAACGCUGGUACCACUUUUGAAGUAUGAAUGGACAGCAAGACACGAUGGACCAAGUAUUCAGCAGCUACAAAACGUCUUAAUGCGCCAAGCAGAAACUAUACUGCGCAGCUCAGACUCGUCUUUCGGUGAUUGGACGGAAUUCGUCAGGAGUCUACAUGCCCCAAUAUGGCCCUCGAGUGCCUUCGCCAUUUGGUACAAGAACGUCAGACCUGUAUUGCAAGAACUUGUCACUCAAGUCGAGGCUCUCCGUACACAGCAAUGGCAGUGUAACCGGGAUCGUUCUCCGCGCAUGCUCCCGGGCACAUUGUUUAUGCGUCUUCCGUUGACAUUGCCUCCAGAUACAGGCCAUCACGAAGGUGACCUUACGCAGCUGCAUAGCGGCCUCAUGACGCUUCUCCAAGAGCUCUGUUCCUCUCAACGGGUAUACGGUGAUCGAUAUAACCAAUUCUUCAAGUUUUUGAGAGGCAUUGGGUUCAAUUCCGAUGAUAUGGUUACGAUGGCGAUACGUUUUGGCACUCUGGACGCGUCAGAUCUCGCCACUGUACAGAAUUGGAACAUUCUCAACGACUUGCGGAUCGAUCUUGGCAAGCAGAUUCUCCAAAACGCGAGUGUUCCAACUUCGAGUGAGAUACGAAGGCAAGCGGUAGGAAUGGUUCGGAGCUGGUCACAGAGCUUGGAUGAGGACACCAGGAUGGUCGGCAUCAGACUUCUUGAAACGAAAGCUGUGCGAGCUGGAAAGAAGCCGUGGUAUGUCUCCGUGGAGGAUUAG